AUGGCCAGCCAGCCUUCUGCUGCAGGCUCCUUCAAGGAGAACCCUGUGGACGAAAGUGCGCGGAAUGACAUGGAGUCCAGCGCCUUCGAAGCUCUCGAGAAAGACUUCCAGGAGGUUUUGCAGGAGCUUAUUGGCGACAAGUCGCUCGAGCACUUCCGCCUCGAGUAUGAGAAGCUCCAUCGCGCCUUAAAGAAGUCCCACGAGAGUGAGAAGCGCUUGAUCAAGAAGUGUCGUGAGCUGAACCAGGAGAUCGUGUCCAAUGCCACGAAGGUCCAGACGGCCUUGAACCUGUCCAAGGAGGACCAGGCGACGAUAUCCAAUCUCAAGAAAGAGAUUGAAAGAGCCUGGAAGAUGGUCGAGGCCAGCCACGAGAAAGAGCAGCGGGCGAAAGAGACCAUUCACAACCUGAAGGUGGAGAUCGCCAACUUGAGCCAUCUCGUGGAACAAGGUGCCGGGCUUAGCGUGAACCAGGAAAACACGGUGAAUAGCUUGAUUGCACAGCGAGAUGAGCUUAUCAAAGCGCGCGACAAGCUCGAAGCCCAGGUGGCCACCUUGACGCACGACAAUAUCGUCCUCACAGAGACCGCUCAGAGAUACGAGUCUGAGAAGGUUCAGAGCGAGGUCGAGAUUGCGGACGUGAAGGACAUGCUCAACGCAAAGAGGACCGAGGAAGAGCGGGAGACCAGGCGGAGAGAUCGCCUGGAAAGCGAGCUGGCGGAGCUCAAGCAAAACAUGGAGGCCAAGGAGAUGGCCCUGAAGCAGGUGAAGGCGGAGAUCAAAUCGCAGGAGGAGGAGAGGGCCAUCACGGAGAUCACGCUCGAGAAGCAGCGGGCCGAGAUCGAAAAACAGCGCCAGGAUGAGGCAGGCUGGCAGCGCUCCAUCGCCGAGCUGAAGCGGAAGAAGCAGGAGGACGGCGGCCUGAAGAAGACGAUCAUCGAGGCGAACGGCAAGCUGGACAAGGAUCUGAAGGCCUGCUACGAGGAAAUCCGUGUGGAGACCGCGGAAAGGGACAAGACGAAGAAGAAGCUCGAGAUCCUCAAGCGCCGGAAGGCCCUGGAUGAUGAGGCGCGCCACGAGAUGAACCUGGCCAAGGCAGUCCUCCGGACCGAGGCAGAGAACCUGAUCCGGGAGAUUGACAUGCUGAAGAAGCAGGCCGAGACGGACAGCAAGACGAUCAUGGACCUUCUUCGGGAUCGCGAGUCUCUGAAUCGCUCCCUGAUCCGCUGCGACGACCGGACCAAGAAUCAGACCAAGCUGGUCAAGACCCACGACGAAACUGCAGCGCAGCUAGAGACGGACGUGAAGAAGGUGAAGCUGGAUGUGCAGGAGGCCAUCCAGAAGGCCUACGGCCUGGACAAGACGCGCGAAAAGUACGGCCUUGA